AUGUCUCUCGUUGACAGCGAAGUUAACCUAGAAGCCGAUGUGGCUGCAACGAGUCCGAAUUUAACGUUUGCGAGUAAAGACAAAUCUGCGGGGGUCGUGAUCAGUGGCGUACACACCGAUAUCGUAAUAAAAAAUUACAGGAAUCGUAUGUUCUUGAUUAUUACUCAGUUUGAAAAAUUUGGUUCCAUACUUACUGUGACCAAAGAAGAAGCUGCCAAGAGCGCCGUUUACACAGUAAAAACCAUACUGGGUAAGGAUGAUGAUCAAAUACACGUAGCAGUCCGGUACAUUGCUGAGCAGAUAGAUACGGAAAAGCCAUUGCUAAUAUCAAUUUGCUUAAAAGAUUAUGGAGUAGAAACUGUGAAACAUAUAGUGGCUGCUAUCAAGAAAAUACAGUCUUUGUGA